AUGUCUUGGGAUCGUCUUAUCCGCUUUGUCGACGACAACGACGUCGAACACUUUGGCGAGCCUGAGAUCCAGAGCGAGACGGAGCUUGAGGAGCGUCUCGAAAAGAAUGAUCUGUGGGCCAUUGCUUAUGAUGGUGCCAGCCCCGUUUCACCCUUGACCAAGGGUGAGCGAGUGCAUGUUAAGGCUCUACGUCCUCUCCUGACGCCGAAGGAUGUUCCGAUUAUUCGUUGCAUUGGCCUAAAUUACGUCAAGCACAUCAAGGAAGGUGGCAGAACACCUCCUCCUUACCCCUCAGUCUUCAUCAAGCCUGCUACCUCUGUUGCCGCAUGGAACGAGGAUGUGCCUAUUCCUAAAGUUGCACAAGACGGCACUGUCGAUUAUGAGGGCGAACUGGCAUUUGUGAUUGGGAAGGCGGCCAAGAACGUUCCUAAGGAGAAGGCUUUGGAAUACGUAGCGGGCUACCUUACUGCAAAUGAUGUUUCUGCAAGAGCAUGGCAAAGAGAUCCUGCGAAGGCUGGCGGCGUUCCCCAAUGGUGUUUUAGCAAGGGGUUCGACAAAUUUGCUCCUUUGAGCCCGAUGCUGGUUUCUCCUGCGGUUGUUGGGAACGCCAGUGAUCUUUUGCUGCAGACAUUUGUCAACGGAGAAGAGAGACAACACGAAAGCACUGGUGAUCUUCUAUUUGGGGUUGAGGAGAUUGUCAGCUUCUGCAGCCAGGGCACGACAUUAGAGGCUGGAACCGUUAUCUUGACCGGCACACCGUCAGGAGUCGCUAUGGGCAUUAAGCCGCCCAAGUAUCUGAACGACGGGGACGUUGUGGAGGUGAGGAUAAGCAAGCUGGGAGGUGUCAAGAACAAAAUGGCCUUUGAAUAA